UCAGGUUUGCAGGGAAGAAGAGCUAUAGUCGUUGCCUGUGGUACAAAUUUCGCUUUUGUCAAGACAGAGUUCGAAUCGCAGUUGAAUCAAGUUGCAAUGACAGAGCUCUCGGAGCAUCUGCCCUUGGACAGUAUAGACGCAAAUAGAGAAGUGAUCUUGACCACGUUCAACUGCAGUAUCUUCGCGCUGCUAGGCCCAGUGCAAGGUGGCCAACCUGAUUGGUUCGACGGCCUCGAGCUGAACGCCGUCGCGGCCAUCCUCGGGUGGCGCGGCCUCCGCUGGAGGGUGCUCCUACCUUGGAGGGGUUACGGCGAGGUCUACACCAACGGCACCAUCGAAGGAGGGGGCAUCAAGUCCUUCCUUGCAGAGGCUAUGGCGGACAUUGCUCUCUGCAGUAUAUGGAUCACUCCUAACCUGUUCAGCACGAUGCGACCAACGCCUAGUGACAGGUUCCGCCUUUGCUCGAGGAUUUUGGUGCCACAGCCUCAGGCAUCGGUCACAUACUGGCACUCCUUCUUCAUGACGCUGCCCCUUACCUUCUGGUGUAUACACAUCGUCUCGGCAGUAGCCAGUGCUGUCAUCAUUCAUCUUUGCGAAAUCAAUUUAAAUGACGCAGGCAUAUGGAACAUUAAAGUUGGAUCAUGUUUCUACAAAGCGUUCACUAUUUGCUUCCAAGGGCAGUACAACGGCAUCUUUACAAGAUUCGGUUCUAGAGUUCUGCAGCUUAGUUGGGGGCUGUUGGUGGUGAUCGCUUCUAGCAUUUUUUCUUCCUUCCUCGUGGCACGGCUAACGACUCCUUUACUGCCGAAUCCUGUCGAUUCCUUGGAAGAGAUGGUGCGCCAUGGCUACAAGUGGACAUCUGGCUUCGGGUACGUGCCAGCGGACAAUGCCGAGGCUUACUUUGACCUAAGGGGUGAUACCGAAUGGGAGUGGUUCAAGACACAGGUAACUAGAGAGGAGGUAGUCGUGGGGAAGACGUGCGUGUAUGCCUUCGAUUUCGAGAAGAUAUACUUCAUUGACGACCCUGAACUUUACGAACCGGAGUUCAUAUCCAACCUGGUUCCAUCUAGCAGGUGCUUGGCUCAAAACCUAAUCAGUAUUCUGACCAGACGACUGUCUUCUUAUUCAAAUCUGCUAACAUCUGGGCUAACUUACUUACACGAAUCUGGUAUCUUCUCAAAAAUAAACAAUGAUAUUCUUCGGUCGUCAAGAAUGAGAAGGUUCAUGAUCCUGGAAUCAGAGGCGAAACAGCCGGUCGGGGGUACGCCACUGUCAUUGGUCCAACUACGAGGGUCCUUUUACCUUCUGUUCGCUGGACUACUUCUUGCCAUAGCGGUCUUUCUUCUAGAGCUUCUUACCCGAAAGGAUAUCUUCAACAUAACAACAUAG